AUGGACGACGAGGCGGGGCGGUCUGACGGUCUGGAGGCAGGGGCGGUCUAUCGCUACCAGCAAGAGAUUGCGCAGAUGAUGUUUGUAUCGACUGAGAUCGACAAUCCCGAUCCUCGAGUGACACGGCUGAUUGAGGAUAUUGUGCGCAACCAAGUGAUUGAAAUGAUCAUUCAGUCGCGACGUCUAGCGCAGCGGCGUCAGUCCAAGUACCUCGCUCCGGAGGACUUGAUCUUCCUAAUCCGGUACGAUCGUGCUAAAGUGAAUCGACUGCGUACCUACCUCAGCUGGAAAGACGUGCGUAAGAAUGCCAAAGACAGUGGCGGCGAUACAGCCGGCGGCGGCGGCGGCGGUGCAGAUGGCAACGAUGCUAUUGACGAAGCGGGCGAUGAUAGUCCGCUGCGUGUAAACAAGCGCAAGAUGCGGUUGCCAUGGGACCUCAGUUCUGUGUUUAGCGACUUUCCUCGUGUGGCCGGCGCACCUGCUGACGAGGGAGACGACGACGAUGAAGAUGCGAUUGAGACGAACGAAGACUCGCUUCGUCGCCUCAAAGCGGCUGAUGAGACGACGCGGCGCAUGACGCGUGAAGAGUAUGUGUUUUACUCGGAAUGCCGUCAAGCGUCCUUUACAUUCCGCAAAGCCAAACGCUUCCGUGAAUUCAUCCAUGCAAAUCUCUACUUGGACGUCAAGCCCAGCGACGAUACCAUUGAUAUCCUGGGCUUCCUAGCGUUCGAAGUCGUCCAUGAACUAUGUACACGUGCCAUGCGUAUCAAGCAAGAAUGGACAGAACGUGCUCAGGCUGUGCGUGGAUCGCAUGGCGUAUCGAACGACGACGAGGAUAUCGAUGUAGGGUGCUCGCUCUUUAGCCUGCCGCCCAACACAGAGCCGCCGCUAGAAGCAUGGCAUAUCCGCGAAGCCUUUGCAGAGCUCCAGCGUGAGCACAGCAUGACAGAUAUCGGCCGCGGGACGGCCGGGCCUGCCGGCGGUCUGCGGCGGACCCAAGUGUUUGUUAUUUAG